AUGCCUUCCCACCUUGGGCAUGGAAUGAAUGUUCCUUACUUGGAUCGGUCACCUAAAGCACAAACAGAUUACCACACAGUGACUAAUCUUCCAUUUGAAAUCAAACCAAAAGUUACUUUUCGAUAUGAAAUAAUGAACAGGCCCACUAGUGUUAACUUACCAUUUCUAUUAAAAUCAAAAGAAGCGAAAAGUCCGAGAUCUUCAGUAAUGGGGUUCACAUCGAAUGAUAAAGAAAUGCAGGACCAGGAAUUCAAGCAAAGUGGAAUCGAAUACGCAAAGUUUUUAAAGGAACAUGAAAGAACACUUGGACCUGUUGGGUUCCUAGAUUCGAAACGGUACACGCACACUUUUAAUGUAAAAUCUGCUGCUUCUUCGCCAAGGACCAAUAUUGGGAUGAAGAGUGAUAAAGAACCAGCGACUGUUGUUGCGUUGACAAAUCGGAUCGCUGCAGAUCAAAAGGAAUUCGAUAAAAGGAUGAAAGUCAUCGAGGAUCAUAUGUGGCAGCAUAAGCAGGAGGAAAGGGGAUUGAAAAGAGUGGAAGGUGAUGUCACAAAGAAGAAGAGGGGAGUACUUCGGAUGAUGAGAGAGUUUGAGAAUUCAAUGAGUAAGAAGAUGCUGGAGGAAGAAAAGAGGUUGAAUGAAUCAAUCGAGCACACUAAGAAGAUAAGAGCAGAGGCGGUGCAUGCUAAGGAGGAAGGGAGAAAGAGAAAGAUCACUAAAACUCAUUCGGAUUUGCAGCAAACUAAAGAUAAACUUCGGAAGAAUGUUCUUCUAGUUACGGAUGCAGAGCGACAAUAUAGAGCAAAAUUAACUGAGCUUGAGCUGAGGAAAGAUCAGAUGCAAAAGUUGACUCGAGAGUUCGAAGAUCGGCUGAAGAGGAAGGAGACGGAGAGAUAUAACCUUGCGAAGGAACUUUCAAACCUCGCAAUCCAGAUGAACAUGGAAUCAAUGAAAGGAAGGAUUGCCGAUGCAGAGUUUAAGAGGCAGGAUCGGGUGCAGGCUCAGAAAUAUAUCAACGAUGAUAAAGCUCAUCAAGCAGAGCUCGAUAAAAAAAUUAGGCGAUCAGAGAGCGUUUAUCGAUCGUCAGAAAACAGACGAAGACAAGCCAGUGCGCAUUUGUCUGACAGGAAAGCUCAUCUUUCGGAACGGAGCCGUGAAGGAGACAGGAGGGUUACAGAUAAUAGGAACUUGGUAGAGGGCAACAUCGCUGCCCAGAAGAAGCUACAAGAAGCAGCGGAGGCUGCGGAGUUGGAUAAGAGGAAGAAGGAAUAUCAGAGGAACGUGCAAGCCCAUGUUGUGAGGAAGCAAGUCGCGCUGAGGAAAGUUCAAACUGCGAGGCAAAAGUCGGCGCAAGAAAGGACAGAGAAUUGGGAGAAAGUGUUUGAUCAGAAUCACCGCGAGUUCGUAAGAAAGAGGAAUGAUGAUCUCCUCCGCACUUUUACGAGGAUCGUCCAACGUGAUAAUGAGAUUGACCAUCAGCUUUAUCAGAAGUGUCGGCAGCAUGAGUAUGGCAGGAAGAGCCAGGAGCAAUCGGUGAGGAAAUUGGAGGAACAGUUUGUGAAAAGUCGGGGAAAAAAUGCUGGGAAGGUGAGGGAAGCGAUCAAAGAAGCUGAUGAGAAAGAAAACAGGCUUAAGAAGAAGUUGACUACGGCUCAAGCCCAACUUAUUCAAGCUCAGAACCAACGUAGCACAGCUGAGUGGAUGUUGAGAAAAUACAGAGGAGCAGCAAAAGAGACGGAGUUGGUACAGAAUGAGCUGAUGCGGGAAAAUAAACGACUCCUGAAGAUCGGAUCACGAACUGAUACUUACCUUGAACAACAAGCAGUCCCUGCCUUGUAA